UUGUUUACAUUUCGCGUGAAACUUGUUGCAAAGUUUCUUGCUAUUUUUUUAUAGUAUUUCCAGUAAUUUGUAUGUUUAUUAUAAACUAGUUUACUUUACUGGAAUGAUUUUAAAUAAGCAUGAAUAACUAUAAAAGCAAAAUAAGUUACGAAAGUCCAUGUGAUUCAGAUAACGAUUGGACUAACUCUUCGGACGACUCGAAAUACUCGGAUUCUGAAAGUUCUGUACCUGAAUGGGAUUCCGAUGUAGGAGAAGAUGGUGAACUAUUUUAUAUAAAAAUCAAGCCCAACGAUGAAGCAGGGAAUGAUGCAAAAUCUCCACUUUUAGAGAACUGUGAAACUUUUAAGUUGAGGAAUAAUUUCAAGCGGUCUUCCACCAGACGUUCCACAAAAGGAAGAAUAUUCAAGGCAUUAAAAGUGAAGAGAGCAAAGAACUUAGAAAGUAAUAAUGGACAAAAGAAAGAUGCUGGUGGUACAUCCGCUGCACAGGCACAAUAUAAAAACAUCCUUGCAGAAGAUAAUAACAAGUUCAUUGUUAUACAGGUCAGCAAAAAUAUGAUCUUUGCAAGUGAAAAAAACUGCCAAAUUGAAAAAUUAUUUGGAUUGAGCUUAGAAACUCAUCCUGAUGGCAAAACAUUGAUAGUUGCAGAUUUCUUGGUAGAAUCCAGAGCCAUUUAUUUACCAAGAGUAAAAAAAGGAUACUAUUUACAAAAAAUAAAUGGAAUAGAUGUAAACUCUUAUAAUAUCAACAACAUCUUACAAAGAGUAGCUGAAGAUCAUUGCAGCCCAAAAUUAACAUUCCAAAUUCCAUCUGGAGAUUUUCAUAUUGGAAUAGACAAAUUGCUUACUAUGAAAAAUAUACCAGAUAAUUCUCUCACUCAGUAUUUAAAGGACUCUAUGUGUUCGAUAUUAUACAUCUGUUGCAAUGAUGUUGAAUACAACAGUAAUGAUGAUAAAGGGGUACUGUAUUGCUAUCCUAGACCAUUUAAUCAGAACUUUUUGUAUAAUACUAGAGGUGCAUAUAUCACACUCAACCAUUUGGCUCCUAAAUCAUUAGGCACUAGUGAGCCAAUCACUUCAACAGUUCUGCACAAUGGCACACUCAUAAAUGUUUCAUACACAUCAUACUAUAGUGACUUAUUGCUGAUUGCAUUUCCUAAUAAAGAAGUAGACCUAUUUGCUACAACAAGAAUUUGUAAAAAUAUUGUCAGGAUUUUAGAUCUAUUGUAUGGGUCUUUAAAAAGUUGUUUUACCAAGCCUAAUAAUGUGGAUAAAUUGGACAGCUUAUUUUCUCUGAUCUUUGUAACAUCACUUGUUGGUAUGAGGAAUAGUUCUGAAAAUAAGACUGCUUUGAGUGUCACAAAUGUUGAGGAUUUGCUAGCUGCUCAUGCUGUGACUUUGCCCUUGGAAGUUAAAGUACAAAUUGAUGAUGCAAUCACAGAAUUGGAGGCUGCUGAUUAUCGAGAAUGGACUGAUGAUGUGGAGCAUUUUCAAAGACUGUACACAGUGAUUGGGUCUUGUUUAUAUUACUCAGGCCACUUGUUAAGUUCACAUUUGCAGGAUGAUGACUUAAAAGAAAUUAAUGCCUAUUUAAAACUGACUGGAAUACUCAGAUUAAGUGUUGAAAAGGAAUUGGAGAAACUGGUGCUAUGGAAAGAAGUUUUUAUCAGUGAACAUAGAAAACAAAAUAAAAAUGAUGGGAAUGAAUUCAGAAUACCUGACGGGCGAUGGUUUCUGCUUUUAGUGGGCAGGGGUCAUUUCCUCUUAGCCACUUUGAUGGAAGCAGGUGGAUGCACAGAAGAUGCUACUGGAAUAACGCCACCAUCGCCUUUCUACGUAGAAGAAUGUGAAAGCUGCUUAGACCUGCUAUACGAUGUGGGCUUGAACAAGUACUUAGUGUCGUGGUUCUCAUCAAACACGAUGCCUCAGCUGGAGACGUCUCCAGAGUAUCUGACGAAAGUUGGCAAGAAAAUACGAGAUAACAGCAAUUACAAAUCUGAGGGUACACUAAAAACUUCGACUCUAAAGCUUCCAAAGUUCCAGUCAGAAAUGAAGAAGCGUCACAGUUCGUCUGAACAAAUAAACAUUGGUACAAGUACCAGCGAUAACUCUACUAGCAACUUCGGCAGCCAUCACAGCUUGUAUAACCAGUGGUACAGUGCACCGCAGAAGCAGUAUAGGCACUCCAGCAAUCUGGAUAUCAGUUAUUCAGAGGAUUCUAACAGUUUGAAGAGCAAUAGUGAAAUCAGUGACGACAGAGUCCAAGGCAGAAGAGCGGACCGCGAAAGGAAUCGUAGAGAUUCGUCUGGAUCCGACUCGGAUUGGGAUAGACAGGAAGGCAGCAGAGCAAGCAGUAGCAUUGAUGUGUCUGACAUAAGAAAAUCCUUGCUAAAUGAAAUUGAUCAAGUGACUACUCACAGAAUAACAGCUGGCGAAGAGAACGUGUUAUUUCACUUUAUUCAGCUAGAGUCAGCAAAGGGUGUUCUGAUUGCUCCCGUGAAAAAUAUUGAGGUCCAAGCCAAUAAUGUGUUAUAUUCACACAUCAUCAAAUCUUUCAGGGCAGCCUGCACAAAAAUACAUGAAUUAUUGCAACACAAUAUAAGGUUUAAAACGAAUCACGCGCCGGCUAAUCCGUUAAAUAAAAUUCUUAUCGCUGUAAAAGAAUAUGGAAUGUUAUUUCAAACACCGCCCAGUAUUCUGAGCCAGUGUGGAAUCAACAAGAAAAAUGAGUCAUUCCAGUUUUGGGCUGUUGGGCGUGUUUUCAGCGAACCAGAGCCAAGAGAAUUAUAUGUGUGCUAUCACGAAUCUGUUCCUCAGGAUCUGACUGAAGUGGCGUAUUUACUAUCAUAUCUAGAAUAAUAUUAUUAAUAUGUACUCAAU